UCUACCGUUUUAAAUGACUGAGAUUUGCUAUUUGCAUAGCGGUGUCGUGCCUAACUUGAUUUUAAACUACAGCUCCCAUGACCCUUUCAGCCGAAGCGUUUUCCUGUUGAAACAGGAAGUGUGGUCAUAGUGUAAACAUGAAGCGUAUUACUCGUCAUGCCUGUGAUGAUGUGCCCAUCCCUGAAGAACAGGAGACAGAGGGCCAAAGACAACUACACAAUCUGCUGCUGCAGCAACUAGAUACAGAUGUAAACAUUGACCGGUGUGUCGCAAAGAAGAAAUGCUUUGCUCCGGCAGCAGUAUACAAGCCUUUUGGGGAACAGGCAGCUGGUGUGAGGAGUCUGUCCCAGUUCCAGGCUUUGCAGGAUGGGGAUCAGGAGCUGGCUGCUUUGAGAGAGCUGGGUCUUACAGAUGUUGAGAUAGAGCUAUGGAGAUGCAGAGAGCAACCAGAAAGCUCUUGGAAGGGCAGAGGGAUUUGUGUGACACCUGAGGUGAGGAAUGAGCGUCUGCAGGCCAUCCGGGAUAAAAUGGCAUCACACGCAGAGCUGCUGUCCAGACCACAGCGUUUCUCAAGCAGUCGGCCACUUUCCCGCAGGGAGAUGGAAAUCGAAAAGGCUCUUUUUCAAGGGAGCGACCGCUGCAGCUUCCUCACCGCCCUUUACCACAGAGAGGAAGAGUCACCAUCCGGCCACCAGGGGGCGACAUCCACCAGCGCGAUGGACUAUUUCUAUAAAGACUUUAUUGAAGAUCGCAACAAAAAUGUUGCUGGUUGCUUCCCUCAACCAAAAAUUGUCACUAACAUCCAGUGUGAAUCACCAAGCUCUGAAACAGUCCAAUCACAAACUCGCACAGAUUCCAGCCCGACCAAAGUCCAGCACAUAUUCACAGAACCAAGUCCUGCGUCAGACACUGUCAACCAACUUCAGCCUCAAGAAAAAAGCGUAAUACCUGUGAAAGUGGCAUUAAGCCAAUCCGUUGGCACACUAUGCGCAGCUUCUGCCCAAAACCAUGGCGGGCCUGUUACAAUGAGUGGAAGGAUAGUGGAAAUUUCAGAUGAAGAGAUACAGACCAACCGAGAGACUGAAGAGGGUAUACGGAAUAUUCCACGGUUUAAGAACUACCAGAGGGGAACGCCAUCUAAUGUUCUGUGUGUAAAGAACAUCAGUCCACGGGCAUCGCUGGCUCAGCUGGUUUCUCUCUUUUCAAGGUUUCAGAAUGACGACACACGGCCCAUUCUGUACCGCUUGCUGACUGGCCGACUCAAGGGCCAAGCUUUCAUUACAUUCUCUGAUAACAGAAGCGCCCAGGCAGCUCUAGACUUGUUAAAUGGCUACAAGCUGCUUGAUAAGCCGUUGAUCAUUGAGUUUGGCAAAGAGAGAAAUAAAGAAACACAUGACUGAUGGACCUUCUGUAGAUCCCAUCACCCCUUCAGUACAAAAAGAUAAAACAUCCUGUAACUAAUAAUAUGUCACCAUUUCUCCAUGACUGAAUACAAUACAUCAAAACGGCUUGCUAGAUGUCCUGAGCCAUGAAUGCAUUUCUAAAAAUUUAAUAAUAAAAGCCAUUAUUUUUUUUAAAAACACAUUCUAGAAUGAUUCUGCAAGACUGUACACUAGCUCUGCCAUUUGCUUGUCUAUAAGCUUUACCUCUACUUUUCUGAAAUAUAAACAAGGUUGUGCUCAAUGUCAAUGAACCCUACAUGUACAGGACUCACCAGUUACAUUUCAGUGUUUGCCGUUCUGUCUUUCCCACAUAGUUACACAUUAAAAUAAUGUUAAAAUCAA